CUCUUCCUCAAUGGAUGUUAGAGAUUUAACGUUACGCCAUUACGACUGCCAAGUAACUAUCAAGCCAAACAGUGGGAACCCACUCACUUGGACUGAAGCUCUGGUUUCUUUUGUGAAAGCAAACGACUUAUUGCAUCUUCAAAUCACUCAAUCGUGUGGUCAAGAAGUGAAAGCGUUUCAGCUGACCAAAAACAUCAAAUCAUGCUUUUCAUGGGCUGACACAUCAGCAAACAGAGUAACACUGCGAACCAUGAAUCCUAAUGUCAAGUUUACUCUCAAUUUUCAAACAAAAGAAGCUGAAACGGUGGUCGGGGGUUUCCUGAAGAAAAUUCAAUACAAUCAAGAACAUGAAGACGCCCAGGCAGUCAACGCAUUGACCACCAUAUCUGCCUAUCCCAAAAAAAGGAAAGCCGUUACCUACGCGAGUAAGCCGCCAUUGCAGAAGAAAUCCUUAACCGCCUUCUCAUACGCUCCUCUAAACAACUUUGACGAGAUUAACGAAUCAUCAAUACCAACCGCUAAGUCAUCUAACCCCGCAGCGCGGCAGGAAGCUACAAAGCCAUUAGCUACGAUUGACAAUAUCAACGAGCCGAGAAAGGACGCUCCGCAUACCGCUAAGCCAUUAAUCCCGGCAGCGCGGCAGGAAGCUACGAAACCAUUAGCUGCGAUUGACAAUAUCAACGAGCCGAGAAAGGGCCCUCCACAUACCGCUAAGCUUACCGUUCAAAAGAAGAUCUCUAGCUCCUUUGCACCCAUCAAUAAUUUUGACAACAUUGAAGAAAAUCCGAAGCAUACCUCAGCUUCUUCUGAACGAGAUGCUCUUUCCAGUUUGGAUAACAACGUGAGGCGCAACAGUCGCGUACUAAGCAGAUCACCUAUCCCAUCUGAGGACCGCUCGACUGACAUAUGUGUAUCUCCUCCUCGACACCAACGUUCGCCUUCCAAAAUCAAUCAAACCUCAAGUCAGGGUUCUAACCCAGGGGGAAGCCCUGUCAGGAACGGAAAAAAGCAAAGAUCUCCCACUUCUUCACCGCGAUCCUCAUCAGGACUAUCCAAUCUUGGCAAUACUUGUUACGUGAAUUCAAUACUACAGUCACUUUUGAGCUUAAAAAGCUUUUGUCGCGCAUUACUAGACGUACAUGUGGAAAGCCAGGAUAAGAUUGAAGGGACCCUAUACCAAUCACUUACCAAGAUUCUUCGAUUGCGUAUCUCACAUCCCAAUGAGAUGAUCGAACAGGAUGAUUUGCAGACAUGUAUAGCAAGGACAUCGGAAAGGUUUACCAAGCAUCAGCAAGAGGAUUCGCAUGAAUAUCUGAGUAUGUGCUUGAACAAGCUUCACAACGAUACGGUCGAAGUCAGUCAAGAGCUCGACGACAGCUGCUAUGAAAAGGACGGCAAAUGCUGUCCAGUGGAUGAACAUUUUCAAUGCCGAGUUACGUCCACACUUAGCUGCACGCAGUGUUCCUGGUCAUCCACGCACUUUGAAGUUUUCCGUGAUUUAUCAUUGAAUCUCCCUGACAGUAGCGAGUGGCAAUGCAGUGAUCCUAUUGGCGUUGAUAUUCCUACCUUGCUUUUUCAAUACUUUAUGGAUGAGAAAGUGUCAUACAAGUGCGAGGAGUGCCAAUGCACAGAGGCGAUAGUUCGAAAGAAAAUCAAUCGACCACCAAGGACACUAGUUCUUCAUUUGAAACGGUUCACCAAAGAUAUGUACGAUGAUGUUUGUCGAAAGAGGAACGAUUGUAUACAGGUGCGACCGACGUUAAAUCUUGGGCCAUGGUGCACAGAUGAAGUCAAUAUACCCGAAAGAUCAAUUCCAUCAGAACCAGAAAGCGAUUCCGAUUUAGAUCAAGAUAAUGAACAGCAAGGCGAACCCGAAGUACAUACUUAUCUGGCAAGCAAUGAGACCAAAGAGAACGGUCUUCGUCCUUUGGCGGAACUCCAACGUCUGGCGGCUGCUGAAUACCAAAGAAGUCGUGGGGUACGCGUGGAGUAUAAAUUGCAGAGCGUCGUAAGUCACCAUGGCGGUACCAUCAAAAGGGGACAUUUUGUAUGUGAUGUUCGGCAAGAAGACGGAUGGGUCUGCUAUAAUGACUCAGUAUCUAGUCACCUCGGUUCUGUCCAAGGCAUGGCCGAAAAAAGGAAGAAGGAUGCCUAUCUGCUCUUUUACCAAUUAAAUUAAAGGAAAAUCAUGUAAAGAAAUAAAAAAUUCAAUCCCACUCCCAGGUUUCCC